CUGUAACAAGUUUCUACUGUCUUCUGAUCAGAGCGGGUUUUUGAUCCUUUUUCUGCUUUUCCACUUUGUCAAUAUGGUGUGGGGCGGCAACGAUAAUGCUGUGGAGAAAUGGAUCGAUCAACUCUUAACCAACGAUCCGAAACUAGUGUCAUUACAUAUUCUCAGUUUCCGUCAAGUCAGCAGUGCUCAGUUGGCGGCGAUCUUCUCGGCUCUCGCCCAGAACACCACGCUUAAAGAGUUGUAUUGCUCAGGUCAUGCUCUGGAUGCCGAUGCUGUGGAACAACUCGCUGAAGCAUUAACCCUCAACGACACGCUUCAAAUCUUGAAUAUCGGUGACGCUAAUUUUGGUACCGCUGACGAUGGAAAACUCGUUCGUAUUUUGAGCGAGGGACUUGCGGUGAAUGAAGGUCUCGUCACGCUGGAUCUCGAAAACAAAGGAUUGACCAAAGAAUCGGCAUCGCAUAUAUUCCGCGCAUUAUCAGCCAACAACACACUUACCUCGCUCAGCCUGGCACGCAAUAACCUCACAUCGUUGCCCGAUUGCUCCGAGUUGACCUUGAACAGCCUACGCGAGUUGAAUCUAGCGAUGAACAAUAUCGAUGCGGCUGGCGCUCGAAACAUUGCCGCGCAGUUGCCCAGACUGGCGCUGGAACACUUGAAUGUAUCAGACAACCCACUUCUUGAUGGUGCAAAUGCCAUCGGUGAGGCAUUAAGGGAAAACACGACUCUUCGCAUUCUGAAGCUGUCCAAUGUUGCGGCCGUCGAAGAAGUCUUGGAGCUACCUCCAACCGCGACAACGCCAACGGGUCAGCUGCAAGAAAUCGCCCCAAAGAUUGACGAGGAACAACAGACCGAGAACGGCAAUGCCCUGAUGCGCACGCUCGCUCAGUCUUUGCGUUGCAACAGCACGAUUCAGCAGCUGUGGCUUGACAGUAACGGUAUUGACGUUCGUGGACUGGCAGAAUUAGGCCAAUUGGAAAACAGUGCUCUGGUGGAACUUCGCUUGCGAAACAACAGAAUUGAUGAUGAUGGUGCCAUUGCACUUGCGGCAAAUUUCAAGUCACUGCGCACCAUUGAAUUGGGCGAAAACACCAUUGGCCCCAUCGGUUUAGGAGCUCUGCUGGAAACCUCCUUUGAAUAUGUCGGAUUGUUCAGUAACAAAGUGGGCGGUUUUGGUGCAUCAUUAGAUCUGUUGCCGACGCUCGAGACAAGCGGUGUGGUGACUUUGGAUAUGGGCUGCAAUGGUAUGAAGGUCGAAGAUUUGGAAGCCAUGGUACAAAUUCUCCAACAAGGUGGGGUUCCCAAGUUGAAGUUGCUCGAAAUUGGUGGCAAUGCGCAAGAUCGUGAUAUGGAAGCAUGGGAACAACUCGUUGCCCAAUUAGAAUCCAUCAGACCUCAGCUUCGCGUGGCAUGGAAGCGAUCCAUGUCGCAGAUGCCCACAGAAAAUCCUCCACCUUUAAACGGACCCGUCAUUUAAAGAAUACCAUCAUCCCAAUGCAUCUUAAAUUUUUCUUUUUAAAAAAAAAAUAAACAAUCAAGUAACAUCAUCGCUUUUCAG